AUGCCCAGCAGCAGCAGCAGCAGACGUGUUGAUGAACCCGUGCCCGUGGUGACCCAGCAACGUUCCCGAAGUGCGAGUCUGCAACCAGCUCGUCUGUCCGCGUUACUUCACGGAGGAUCAAAUCCAAGCACUAGUACUAAUCAUAUCAGCAGCAGCAGCAGUGGCAUCUGUGCCACUAGUGGUAGUCUUCGAAAUCCACCACCGGAGAAACGUGCUGCAGAAAGCAGUCAUUUCGUUAUCGUAGCCGUGGAUUUCGGAACCACGUACAGCGGUUACGCGUUUUGCUUCACGCACAAACCCAGCGACAUCCACGUCAUGAGAAAAUGGCCGGGUGACCCAGAUUUGAGCAACCAGAAAACCAGAACGGCGCUUUUGUUGAAGCCCAACGGGGACUUCGACAGUUUCGGAUUCGUUGCCAGGGAUCGUUAUCACGACCUGAAACCCAACGAAGCUUCGAGAUACUUUUUCUUCGAAAAAUUCAAGAUGAUUCUCCAUCACGACAUGUCUCUGAGCAGAGACACAGAGAUCAUGGCGGUGAACGGGAAGACGCUGCCGGCGGCGGUCGUGUUCCGCCACGCGCUGCAAUUCUUCAGGGACCACGCAUUGGCGGAGAUUGGCGAGGGCUGCGGGUUGGACGCCGGCCUCAACGAGGAAGACGUCAGAUGGGUGCUCACCGUGCCUGCCAUCUGGCGCCAGCCAGCGAAGCAACUCAUGCGCGAAGCUGCCUACAAGGCGGGCAUGGCAUCAGCAGAUCAACCACAACGUUUGCUGAUCGCACUAGAACCCGAAGCAGCAGCGAUUUAUUGCAGAAAGCUGAAGUUCUGGGACCUGAAAGACAGAUCGCCAGCCAUGAGCACCCACACUUGGCACGGAAACACCUGUUUCACUGAAUACGUCAUCAAGGAGCUCGAAAAAGGAACAACUUACAUGGUGGUGGACUGCGGUGGAGGAACUGUGGACAUCACAGUGCAUGAAAUCAUGGAUGCUGAAGGGAACAUGAAGGAGAUACAGAAGGCCAGUGGGGAUGCCUGCGGAUCCAUUGAGAAGAAAGUGAGGCAAGGGGACGUGGAUUGGUGUGCAGAUUGCUUCGACAAGUUCGUCGUGGAGGAUGAUUCCGUGCAGUUGGGGGAUGUUGUGCUCAGGCGUUACACUCCAGCCAGACCAGACCAGACAACUCUGGUCAUGCAUAUUUACAGUUCCAAGCGAUCAGAUGCUGAGUUCACUACUGACACCGGGGUGAGGAAGUGUGGAUCCUUGCAACUGGAGCUUGCGCAAAGCCGCCUAGAUGUCGCCUAUUCCAAGAACCCUAUCCGGGAAGUCCAAGUGCGCAUGGUGCUCGGAGACACAGAAAUCCGAGCCUCAGCAUUGGACCUGGCCACUGGACUCCAUGUGAAGACGAACAUCGAUUUCUUGGCGUACUGA